CGUGUCUCGGUAAUUUCGACGUCCUUAGUCCUGAUAUCAUUUCUUGAGCUGUGUAUUCGCGUUCGGUUCUCUUGCCUGCACAUCAUUAAUCGAUUCUCGCGUCGUUUAAGUCUGAGCGAUUUCUCAUGUUCGAUUUCUGCCCAAACCGGCAUUUUCGUGUUCACGCGACGUGUGUGUGUUGACCGUCCACAUUGCGUGGGCCGAAACAUGUAUGCGUACGUGCGGAUUUCGCCAACAAAAAAUGUCCACGAGUUUCGGAAAGUUGUGCCGGUGAAAGAUAUUAAAAGGUUCAAUUCACAAAAUCCACUUAAUCCGCGACAAUUGUAUAAAAUUAAGCACAAUGGAGAUAUCGUCGUAGGUCACGUUCUACGUACUGCAAAUACCAAGAGCGAAUUGGAAGCAAUGGUGGCAGGAAAAAGGAUGAAUGUCCCACCGUCACAACAUCUACUGUCACCAUCUGACAGCUUUAGCACUGAUAUUGAAAACUCACCAAAGUCUGCUAAGAGGAAAGGUGAAAAUUUAGAACAUAUAAAACAACAUAGGCUAAAGCAAUUAAAAGAACGUCAGGCUCUGUGUGCAAUUAAUGCACAGUUGAAGAAUACCAGGAACAUAGCACUUGCCGCAACAGCAGCUCGCCGACUUCCAAUAUUGAAAUAGAAGAUUUAAAACAUACUAUAAACGCAUAUAAAGCCCAAUGUGAUUUCUUAAAAGACAGUCUCCAGAGAAAAGAAAAAA